GGGUGGCUCCCAAGGGGGAUCAGGGCAGAGGGGGUUCAGGCCGUGUCAAGCCGACGUGGCGGCGACCCCGCCGUGGGCGUUCCAGGUAAACCGCUGCAAGUGGCCCAGAUGAACCUGCCCUAACUCCUUUUGAAAUCCUCCAGCCAGCGGGCGGGCGCACGGGGCGGCCCGAGAUCGGACGGGACUCCUGCGCGCACCGCGUGCGCGCGCGCGAUGGCGGCGGCGAGCCUGGCGGGCGCCGGGCCCCGCUGCCGGGCGUGGCUCCUCGUGCUGGCGGCGUGCCUGGCGGGCCAGGCGGCGGCCGCCGAUGGGGGGAAGAGCUUCUUUGACGUGGACUGGAGCGAUCCUGCCACCGCGGCGGUCGAGCUGGCCUGGCGCGUGGAGAUCGGGGGUGUCAAAAAGACAGGCACGAGACCAGGAUUCCCGAUUACGGUCAUGUUGCUUGGGGAUUGUCUCGCUACUCAUGCUCCAGCACCUCUACAACAGCAUAUGGUAACACGUGCUCAGGUGAAGAUUGCAUUCGCGCUCUCCCCGCUCAUCGCGAUCGCCUGCCUCUUCUGCUGCACCACAGACGAUCCGGAGGAGGAGGAACUCCGGAGAAAGAAGAAGUACGAUUUCAGCCUCCAGGGCGCGGAGUGAGCAGGGUGGCGCGGCAUGUGGCAUUGUGCCAAACCUCUUCCUCCUCCUUUCCCUCUUCCUCAUCCCCCUCCGCGUCCUCAUCAGUAUUCUCUCCCCGCUCAUUCUAAUUGCGUCCGCCACCACACCGAAACAAUCACGUUCGCGCGACCAUA